AUGCCUUCGAUAACACCGAUUGAGCUGCCCACGUUCUCUACGAGUAAGAAGAGGAGACGAGAUGACGACCACAACGAAAAUCAAAUGCCGUUGUACGGUUCGCCAAAGUCCUUGUUGAGGUCCUCACCCGCUAACUCCGACGCUCGCUCCAGAACAAUACAACAUAAUGAAUCAACAAGCCUUCUCUCUACCAUCGACAAUAAUGAAAGGCUCAUUCUCCCUUCCCCGGCCCGGGGCGCCUCCACGAUGCUUAACAUGCCGCGAAAAGUGAUCCCGCUGCCUGUAAACAAAAGGUUCCGGCUAGUCAACGAUGACGACGAGCACCUACAUUCCCAUAGUAGCCUACCGACCCACUACUCGUCGCAACAGUCCCACCAUUCGCAUGCUCAUCCCGAGUACACGACACCACCAACAUCACCACAGCAGAGCCGAGCGGGCGCCCAAACCAGACCGAAUCCGCCAGUACCACUUAGCCCGUGUCACAUCUGCCACCGAAAACCAACCAAGAAAUCCGACCUCGACUCCUUCGCUGAUUGCAUGGGGUGCGGGCAAAGAGCCUGUUUUAUCUGCAUACGUGCGUGCCAAGGCUGGCUUCCGUCCUCGGAGGAAGAUGAGAACUUAUCUGCAUCCUUCACCAUGCAAGAUGUAGACGACGACAGUAACUACAGUAAUAAACCCGACCGAAAGGAAAGCAAGGGAGGAGGAUGGAAUGGUCGCGGCCACCGAGAAAUGAUCUGUAGCCGCUGCUGUGUAGAGCGAGGCCCUGAGGGCGACGUCGUCUGCCUGGGUUGUCUGGCCGGCAUGGAAGGGGCAUAG